AUGUUAUUUCGUGUUUUUAAAAUAUGGUAUUUAUUGUUAAAUUUUUAUUAUAAAACACAAAUUAAAUGUGACAUUGAUAAUCUUAGUCUUCCCGAAUGCGAUGUGGCAAUUGAUUCAGCUAUUUGCAUUAGUAAUGGGCAAAAAAUAUUAUUGCCCGAAGCAAAGCCAUACGGAAUAUCUGCACAUAUAAAUUUUGACAGCAUAACAGCAGUUGAUUCUACGGGUAAUAGAAAUCAUGCACUUGGAAAUUUUUUUGCAUCCACCGGAUUUGGAAGUGUUGGAAAUUCUGCCUUGUUCAGAAAAAAUUACAUAUAUAUACCCCAUUCGGACGAAUUUUUCAAAAGUGUAGAUUUCACUUACACCUUUUUUAUAUAUUUGUUGGAAGACGAGAUUUCUGUAAAAAAUAAUACAGAUGAAAAAUUUUGCCCCAUAAUCCACAAGGGUAUCAUAAAAGACAAGAUUCAGGAAUCUUCCCCAGCCAUAAUGAUAAACGCAAAAACUGGAAGGAUAAAAAUCGUUUUAAGUACUUCGUCUAGUACGAAUUCAGCUGGUGAAGAAUUUCUGAGCAAUUUUAAAUUAAAGCGUCAUCAAUGGUAUCACAUUUCAGUUGUCAGACACAUUAAUCACGUAAGACUGUUUGUUGACGGAAUUCUGGAUUCAAGUUUUUUGACUGAAGGAAUAACUAAAACUAAUGACUUUCCUAUAUAUAUAGGGGGUGCACCUUACUCAGUAGAUUCAUGUGAUUUCCCAUUUUUGCUUGAUGAACUAAAAAUUUACAACUUAAGCAUAGGGAUUGAUCAUAUUCAGAGUGAAGCAGCAUUAACCUUAAAUGGAUUAGAACCGUCUUUUAUUUAUUUUGGUUGUUUUCAUUGUGAUAUUAAUAGUGCUAUUUUAUCAUGCCCUAAUAAUUAUCAUUUAUGUAAUAAGAUUGAAUUAUAUAUAGGUGUUUAUAAUGUUAUGAGGAAAUUUUCUUUAAAUAUAAAUAAUAUCAUUUUACCGUAUUCCCCCGAAAAUCACAUUGGAAUAGGUGUAUGUUGUGCUGAUAUAUAA